AUGAGAGCGCCGUCCGUCCCCGCGGCUCUCACGGCCCUCGCCUGCCUGGUCGGUGUUACAGCCGCAGCCGCAGUCGCCCCCAAGCAGGUCGUCAUCGCCAGCAGCAAUGCCAAGGUCGAGAGGAACGCGACACCCAGCGUCUUAACCCCAUCCAAGGACAUCGACGCGGGCACUCGUCCGGCCAUCAAGGCCGGCACCGAGCUUCGCAUCCUCUGCGCCGGCGACUCCAUCACCCUCGGCACCCUGAGCCAGACGGAUGGCGGCGACGGCGACGGCUACCGCCGCCAGCUGCAGGCGGACCUGUCGAAGGACAACGUCGUCUUCGCCGGUAGCACGACAACGCCAGACGGCACCAUGCACGACGGCUACUUUGCGGCGUGGCCCGGCAAGACCAUCCAGUACAUAUCGGACGAGAUCGGCCCCUCGCUCAAGCAGCGGCCCAACAUCAUCCUCCUGCACGCCGGGACAAACGACAUGAACGAGAACAACUCGACCGCGACGGAGGGCAACGACCCUGCGGCCGCAGCCAAGCGCCUGGGCGCGCUGGUCGACAGAAUCGUCGCUGCGUGCCCCGACGCCGUCGUCCUCGUCGCCAUGAUCAUCGACACCUGCCGGCCGGAGCAGUCGCCGCGCACGCAGCUGUUCCAGUCCCUGAUCCCCGGCGCCGUCACGCGGCCGCGGCUCGAGGCCGGGCACAAGGUGCUCGCCGCCAACUUCACCGCGUUUCCCGUCUCGGAGCUGCGAGAUUGCAUCCACCCGACAAACAGGGGGUACCGACUCCUUGGCGACUACUGGUACGACGUGAUGGCUCAGGUCCCGCGCGACUGGAUCCAGGCACCCGUGGGACCGGACCCGGAGCGCUCUUCCGCCGGCAGGGUUGCGGCGCCUCCCGCGGCCGCGGGAGCGCUCGCCUUUGUUGUGGCGGCGGCGGCUGUGUUGACGAUGUGCAGCUGA